AUGAACCGCUCUAUUCAUCUUUUUAUCUUUGGUUUCUUGAGCCUCUUGGUCUUAUUCAUCUCUGGUACCUCUGCCGCCUGCAAUGUGAACAUAGGAUCCAACUGUGACUGUAAACCUGAUAACAUUAAAGGCUGUAAUCCCCAAGGCAUAACUGUUGGAGGUGUUGUCUGUGGUGAAAAUAUUAAUUGUGAACGUCUUCAACAUAGAUAUCAAGUUGAUAUUAAUGGAAAUUUUUGUCAUGUUGGCAAAUGCACUAGAGCGUGUGUAUGCCCAAUAGGUAGUGGUGGUGGUGAUUGUAGAUGCAGUACUGGCCAGUGA